CCCGGUUCCUCUCCGUGUCCGGAUCCGGUUCCCGGCCCAGCUCUCGUCAUGGCGGCCGCUGCUGUUGCUCCUCGUCUCUGCGCCGAGCGUUGAUUCCCUCACCACCGCCACACACACACCACACACACACCGAGAAUUCGAACGCGGCCCUGGCGGCGUCGGCAUUAGUUCACUCGCACCUCACUGCACUCCCUCCACACACUGCGGCAUUGAUGGUAAUGUAUACGAGGAAACAGCCGAGGCUCAAUGAUGGGUAUCAUGAAAGAAGACAAACCCACCCGCAGCAGAGUGUCAAUAAGUACCCAGCAAAGACUGAGGGUGACGGUGACAGUCGUAAUGACAAAAUGCGGGACUCAAGAGAUGCAUCUCCAGCAAGCAAGAUUCCUCGCAAGUCAAGCAGUCCUGAUGUCCGGGAGCAGAAGACCAACUCCCUGCAGUCAAAGCCCAAAGACAAGUGCAGAGUAUCUGGUGAUGCUGUUGAUGGAAGCUCUCAAAACCAUUCUGCUCGCCCUAUAUCAAAUUCACAUGGUUCUGAACAACAUAAGAACCCAGCUACACAACCAUGGUCAAUCCACGGCUGGAUGAAGGCCUCCCCAAGCCGCCGCCACCUCUCACGAUCCGGCGAUCCACAUGACCCUGCUGAUGAUUGGUCAGAACACAUUAGCUCUUCUGGGAAAAAGUACUAUUACAACUGCAGAACAGAGGUCUCUCAGUGGGAGAAACCCAAAGAAUGGGUGGAAAGAGAACAACGGCAAAAGGAGGCUGCAAACCGAAUUGUUGCAAACAGUUUCCCUAAAGACAGGGACUACAGGAGGGAAGCCAUGCAGACAGCUGUGCAGAGCAAUUCCUCCAACCGCUUUGCAGAAGACAAGCAUUCAAGUGAGGUGGGCAGCGUGCUCGCACAAACCGUCUUGUCACAGACGAGCAAACACAACGACAGGGACUACAGGCUGCCCCGUACUGAAGCGCCGGGCAGUGGGACGUCAAGCAGCACUCCACUCCAGCAGCAAGCAUCCCUCGGCGUCAAGCCAGGCUCAUCGCUUCCCAAUUGUACACCGAGUCCUGUGCCGAGCAGCCCAUUUAACCUGCCUGAGCAACAGCAACAACAGCAUCAGCAGCACCACAAGAAGCAGAAUGAUUCUAAUGGAGCCAACACUCUCACAAAGCCACAUCCUGCAGGCUCAUCCACAGGCCAGAGGCCAGAGAAAAAGGGUGCAGACGCUCCCACAGACAGGGCCUCAACAGCCAGUGCCACCCCUUCCCCCUCCACAUCCUCCACCUCACGGUUGACGCCUGUCACACCUACUUCAGCCACGAUGCCCUCCCUGCCAAGCCAAGACCCUGCAGUGCUGCGACAGAUCCUGCACACCUCUCCCCAGAUCAACCCGAGCCUUGAGCGCCUCCAAGAAGCUUUCACUCAAACACUUUCCAAAAUCCUGCUUGCAGCAGCCCCAACGCUACUACCCCAAGCAGUGCAGGCAGCACACCAAGCUCACCAGCAGAGCCAAUCGCCUGCAUCCCAAACAUCGGACGUGUCCUCUCCUCGUUCCCACAUCUCCCCACGGGUGGCAACACCUCAGACGAGUGGAAGCCAGACCAGGGCCCAUGCCACCACACCUCACAGUCACAGCUCUGCGCAGUCAAAGGCCAGUGCUAUGUCUGUAAAGUGUGGUGUCCAUCAGAGCCAAGGGUCUCAACAGACGGGUGGCACAGAGAGGCACAAUUACACCAGUCCAGGUUCUCCUGCUACCAGCGGAGGCCACAGGCAUCAUCCAUCAGGAGGUCAUCCCAGCCCUGCCCGCACUAUGUCUGGGUCACAUGCUGGAAGUGCACAGCCUUCUGUGAGCUCCCACAGCAAUGCGUGCCAGUCCCUAUCUGGCCUCAGCUCCCUGUCACCUGGACUGUCCUCCCAUUACUGCGAGAACCUCACCAAGCAUGUCCAGGGAUGGCCAGCUGAACACUUGGAGAAACAGGCAGCAAGAUUACGGGAAGAGAGUUACAGCUUGGGGUGCUUACAAAUGUCUGAAAUUUGUACUGAACUGAAGAACGCCAGGUCGCUGGUGCGGGUAUCAGAAAUCCAAGCCACACUACGGGAGCAACGGAUACUCUUCUUGCGGCAGCAGAAUAAAGAGCUUGAAAAACUGAAGAAUCAAAAUUCCUUCAUGAUGUGAGAAUCUCGCAGUAAUUAACGAAGAAACGCGUUUGCCUAUUUGAGAAGAUUCGAUUACUCCUUCACUUCUGAGCGACCAAUAUGGCCAAAUGCUUUGAAAAUACAUAUGCCUCAGUUCACAUGUACAGACUGUCUCUAAAGCUGAGUGAGACAUGCUGGAAAAGGACUACAAGAACUUUUGUUCUCCCAAGUGAAUGCGCAGGUCCACUUGUAUAUAUAAACGUUUUCUAGACUGGAUGACUCUUGAUGGGUGAUACAGCAGCUGAUUAGGAUGUUAACCUUGUGAGUAAUCACAUCACUCGACACCAAGUUGUAAUAUUUUAAAUGUUUAUUAUUUUAAUUGUAUUUUGUCAUUUUUCCUGUGUUACGAAAAAAAAAUUCCUCCCUUAAGUUUUGUUUCACAUUCUGCAUUUUUUUCAUAAAAAAAGGAAAGAAAAAAAGGACAAUGCAUUUCAAUAAUUUCCCGUAAGCUGCUUGCAUAAUGCAUACAAAUGGCAUGGACUUGUGAUAAUUAAUCAGCCUUGGUGUUACCAAUCGGCUUACAUCACUGAAUUCCCAGGUUCAUUUGUAAUGGAUGUAAGCGGAGAAUAUAAAAAAAAAUCUUAACACGUAUGGUGAAUUCUGAAUCGUGAAAACAAAAGCUGAAUGUAGAGAAACAUUAAUCACAUUGGUUUAAGCUCAGUAUUGGUGUAUAGCGAGUAAUUGGUGUGCUUUGUAAAACCACUUGUUGGCUGCCUUUUGUGCAAUUAAGAUACUGCUAAACGCAGCAGGUGUUUUGCAUGUACCAACUGGUGGCAUGCUAAAUAUUUGCGGCACUAUUCAUGAGCUGUGCUUGUGGUCCAUGUUGAGGUGCAGAUGAUUGGGUGACGUCCAGACAUGUUAACCUUUGUUGUGUUUGUGGAUUUUAGUUUUCUAAACCUUUAAGUUAUUGUUAGCUUUGGGUAUUGUUUUUGCUGACUUCAGAUGUCGGUAUCAUUUCCAGAAGUGUCUUGUGCUGCAAUGUGCACGUAAUCAUAGAAGUUGAUUAAUUUAUUCAGUUUUUUUUCCACGUAUUACACAUACUAAAGUUUCUCCACAAGGACAAUACAACAAGUUUCAUGUCCCAUCCGCAGUGCACUCAUUUUGGUGUCCAAUUUGAAGCUCAUCUUUUGUUCUACAUAUGGUAAUGGCUUAAUAAGUAACACUGAUGCUCAUUAUAGUAAAAAAAAAAUGACCACACUUAAAUUAGAGUUUUGUUUUACCAAACAUUUUAUGGUUAAUUAUUUCAAUUCUAACAAUUAGUAAUGCUGGUAUCAACAGGCAAUGGGACACGUGUAGAUUUAAACUUUUUAAAAAGCUCACCAUUUUUUUGUUUAAGCUUUGGAUGCCCUCAUUGAGAUGUCGACGUAAGUCAAAUUAACAAUCGUUACAUUUUAAGACAUUCUUUUUUUUUACCUGCAGACCCUUCACACACCCCCAUCCUGUGGUUGCACUUUUGUUAUUUUGUUUAAAAUCGCCAAUGAUUAAACACACUUCACCGAUAGAUAGCAUUAUAUGAUUAAUACACAAUGUCACGAAGCAUACAUUUAUAAUGUGCGGAUAUGCUUUUGUAGACUUUUAAUAUAUUCUGCCAAAUUUGUUGCUAUCUUAACAAAAAAGCAUGCACCCAAGCACCCUCAUUAAAUCCAUACCCACCUAUAACCAUGCUGCUACGACACAAUGCAGGAAUACAAUAGUGUUUCACAAUCAGUUACUCUGGACAUAACUACCUUUAACAUUUAAGUUAUGGCUCUGGUUAGUUAUUUUUUUUCCAGAAAGUGUAGAUUCCUAUGGUUUGGCUUUGGUAAUUUGUAGACAUAGUAAAACCUUAUAAGUUGCAGGGGUAAUCUCCUUAGAGCCUUGGCAGCACGUCUGUAACUGCUCACCCACACAAGUUUACACACUUAACGUCUUGCAGCUGUGCAGUAUAUCUAUUCAUGAUAAAGCUUUGGUAGGAUGGAGGGGUUGUUUUUUUUACAGGGUCAGCAAAGUGAUGAGAAGGGAAUUAACUCAUUCAUUUGUAAUUUAGAUUGUCACGAUAAAUGUGAUUUUUUUCUCUUUGCUUAUAUGUGAAGAGUUUAUUUUGUGCAAUUUGGGAAAUGUGCAUAAGGACAUCCUAAUGUGUGUAAUGCAUUGUCAUAAUUUUAUUGGUCUCCAUCUUGAUCACCCAAAACCUCCAUAGUUUUGCGCCUGGUGGUGCCUUUUGGGUUUAUUUUAAUUUCCAAGCCCUUUAGAAGCUUUAACACAAUAUGUAAGGUCUUCAUCAUUGGUUAGUAUUUUUUUUUUACGUAGGACAUCGUGGUGAUGCCAUCGCUGAAUUAUUGGUGGGAUGACAAGAAAUAACUCGUGUUUUCAUUAAAGGUGGUGAGUGUAAAGAUUGUGUGCCAAUAAAGUUGAGGUCGCCAACUGCACGGCUCGAAAUUCCGUCAGCGCUUGCCAAGAGAAACCAAUUUUACGAACAAGUGCUGGUUAAAUUUUUCGUUGGAGCCUUGUAUUUUUCACAAGCAUCCACUGCAAAGCAUGAGGCUAUUGCACUUGUUAAAAGAGUAUUUUGCCUCCGUCCUAGCAUGACUGCAUGCUUACUCGUUAUGAACCCAUGACGUUUCAAUGGAGAGCAUCAAGGCGUUUAUAUGAGCCAAUUUAAAUAGUACCGUGUCUUGCCUGCCAUAUCUGGUAUGUGGAAGUGCAGUCAGCCUAGGUUUGUGGGCCUUAUGAUGGUGGACUUUGUCAGCGCAAUCCUUGCGGGUUGGUAAUCAUGACCCAUGCACAGUUCAUGAGGUAGCCACGAGUGGGCGAUAGUUACCCAUAUUUUCAACAGGAGGUGAAAACACGGAGAUGAUGAAUCACUGAUGUUUCAACUGUCGCCGUGUGUAUUCGUUGCGGCAAAAUAAUAAAUCGUGCUAAGCCCAUA